AUGUCUCCAGCUCCCGAGAAUCACUUAAGUGCAUCGGAUCAUGUUCCUACUGAUGUUCCUACCAGUAAAAGAUUGCUUGAUCAGCAUACUGUUGUCAUUCAAGCUCUAGGUGGAAGUCUAGUUCUGGCUCCCAUAGAUCUCAGCAAGUCUAACCUCAAAAUUUUAGAUUCUGCAACAGCGGACGGCCAUUGGCUACAUGAGCUCGCAACAAGCCACGCUACCUCGCAUGGCAACAGAUAUAUAGGCACUGAUAUAAAUACUGGCUUUUUCCCGAAGUCUCACGGUCCCCAGUACCAAUUCUACAAACACAAUAUGGCCAACGCGUGGCCUCUGGAAGAGCACUCCACUUUCGAUCUAGUACAUCAACGCUUGUCUCUUCCUGGCGCAGCGCCAGCAUCACUCUCCCAAGCAGUUCAAAACCUGUUUGCUCUCGUCAAGCCCGGGGGCUGGAUCCAGUUGGUCGAGGCCGAGCAAGUUGCUCCCGACUCGGGACCUGUUUUCCUCGAGUUUCUUGAGCUUGUGCGGGCUGUUUUUGAUACAACAGGGGCGGGUUGGAAGUAUGCUGGAGAAAUGAGGGGAUGGCUAGAAACCGCGGGCGCCGUGGAUAUAGAGGAGAUUUCGGUGGACAUGGCACUAGGGGCGACUAAUAAGAACAGAGAAUUGAUAGAAAUUGGGGCAAGUAGCACGGCUGGCGCUAUGACAGGGCUAAUAAUGCAUGCUAAAGCUAUGGGUCUCAAAACGGCCCUGACGGAAGAAUCGCUGAACACUCUACCUGAAAGACUUUAUACUGAAUUGAUAGAGACUGGGGCUCAUUAUCCUCUUCGAGCGGUAUGGGGGAGAAAAAAACUGUAA